ACAGAUUUAAUCAUAUAAAGAUAAAUUUAACACUAAUGCAUAAAGAUUGAGUAUAAAGCAACGUUGUAUAGCGAAAACAAAAGCAUGACAGGAAUGGAAUGCAGUUUCGCUGCUUUCGUAACAUCUACUUUCCCGUCAUUCUAAUCGUGAUAAUAAAACAAUUACCCAGUUGUGCGUAUGCCAGGCGAGGCAAUUGCCACAUGCCAAUGACGCGUUUUUUUGUUUUGCUACACGUGUUUUUCGUUAUAUAAACCUUUUACUUUCCUGUACUGUGAGGCAGUACGGGGCUUGCAAUACCCUGCUGUUCUCACUUUGUCUCUAAGCACGAUGCUGCACUUUCACCUAAUAACUGUCCGGCGCUGUGGCAUAGUGGUAAGCGCGCCUGCCUCUAACCCAGAGGUAAUGGGAUCACGGCUCGUCGCUGCUACCAUUGUGGGCGUACAAGUCCUUGAGCAAGACACUUAACGGCAAUUGCUCCAACUCACUAAUGGGUUGUCCAAAUUAUCAGCCAUACAUAAAAAUGAAAAAAAAUCCCAAAAAAAUAAUCACCCACAAAGUAACAUACUUGGUAACUCGUAAGCUGGCGCGAGGUGCACACCCGUGUUAUAACGACUGUCGUUUUCCGGCCACGCGAGGAUAAAGUAAGUUACAUUCAUUCAUUCAAUCAUUCAUUCAACUGUAAUAAACUGAGCUGUGUGCCGUACAAGUGUCAUACAUCUAUCACGUUUGUGGAGUCAAAUAGCGUGUGCGUCGGGGCAUGAUGGAACAGCGUCGGGGCAUGAUGGAACAACGUCGUCGCGAGGGUACGGAACGUGAACUCGCAAACUAAAACAACUUCAACAUUAGCCGCCCCCUUCCACAGUCGUUAUAACACAGUUUUUGUGAAAGACAAACAUACGUAAAAUUUUUGAAACAUACGUGAAAUUUUUGCCAAGUUUACCAGGGAUUAUGACUGCCAUCAAAGAAGUUCUAUCACUUGAUUUUAAAUCGUCCCCAUUAUAUGUUUUAUAUAUGAUGUCUAUGUAAACGACCGUUGAUUGGUUGAAAUAUUUUCCGCUUGAGUGAUCACAACCUGCUUGUUGAAGAAAGCGGAAAAAAUCCGAAAUUUGUCGCAAAAAUAUUUCGUUUGUUUUUGUGUGUUUGUUGUUAUUUGUGUGUUUGUUGUUAUUAAACGUAUCAGUUGUCGUAGCUAUCUUUGGUAAAAACUUGUUUUAAUACUUACUGAGUAGAUUCAGUGAAACAUCUGCUAUAGCAUCGUGGGUUUAUACUCGAUAAUUGUAACUUUGUAAAAUUUCGCUUGUUUCAUAAAAUGUCUCCAGUUUAUAAAUUUCACAUUUUUUUCAUAAUUCUGGAUAAUUGUAACCUUAAUAUUAUUGUAGAAGUUGACUUUAUAAAACAACCAUGGGUAAGCUGAACCCUAAAAAGAUGAAAGUCGCCGAGUUGAAAGUAGAGUUGGAGUCGCGAAACAUUGAGGUUGGGAAAGGAAUGAAGAAAGCCGAUCUCGUGGCUUUGUUGUUGUCCUCCAUUGAAAGUGAUGAAAAUGUUUCAACCAACGAUGAUUCGAUGUUUAGCGAGGAAGAAUCUCAAGAAUCCGAGUUAAACACGACGAGCGAGGUCGCUGAUGCGGAACCUGAAGUCACCAAACCGGAACAAACUGUAGGAACCGACCAAUCAGGAGAGAGCGAGCCGACACAGGAAUCGAAUCUUGCUGAAGAACAAGCGUCAGGCCACACAGAUGAAGUUCCUCCCAUGGAAGUUGAUCCUCCCAUGGAUCCGCACAUCACCGAGACGAACCUCACUGAUCCAGAGGAACCCCCGCCAAAGGAGGUUGAGAUGGCUGAAGACAAGGAUGAGGAUGAAGCUCCCGAAGGAUUGGAUCAAAAAGAUGUUGAAGCUGAGGUGGGUGGAGCUGCCGAUCCUGGGGUUAAAGAUUCGAAUAAUGAUGAAAAUGCUUCUAAAAAUGAUGAUGUCACUACCAACGAUGAUGUCACUCCUGAUGAUGGCACUCCUAAUGAUGAUGUCACUAAAGAUGAUGUCAUAGCUAAUGAUGUCACCCCCAAAGACGAGAUAGCGGAUGUUGCGUCUUCAGCUCCCGAGGAUCAAACAUCAGAGGAACCAGGGAUGGGGAACGGGGAGGAAACUCCCGUUGUUCCGGAUGUUGCGGAUGAAUCAGGUGAGAUGAUUUAACUAGGGGUUGAGGGUUCAA